AUGGUGCUUGAGUCACUUGACACGUCUGAGAUGACACAUCCAGAUCUCAAACAAGAGCUCCUGGAGGACAUAGAGACAUGGCUACACGAGUGGGAUUCACUCGAGAAGGGGAAGGGUAAGGAGAAGGAUGUAAAUGUGGACAUGGGGAAGCUGAAAUUGGGUGGGUGCAUGUCGGCCAAGCGCACAAACAAUCCAAAGUCUGCUAAGUGUAAGGCCACUGGUGCUGCAGGUCCUGCUCACAAGGUGGCUUGUGUUGCUGGCGGUCACGCACCUACAGGGCUGACUUUGGCAGAUGAUGCUGACCCUAUGGGCAAGUCCAAGGUUGAGGUCAAGGAGGUUGCUCCUCCGGCUCCUGAAAAGCCUGUUCAUGUGACGAUUUGCCUGCCCAUUUGCACGGUUGCAGGGGGUUUGCGGGUGGAUGGUGAAGGAGAGCUGGUUCGACUUCAUGCAGAAAAUGCAUGCCUUACCAAGGAGAACACUUGUCUGCGCACCUCACAGGAGGAAUACAUGCAGUUCAUCCAGAACAUGUGCCAGCAAGCUUGGGCACAACAAAUCGAAUUUGUUGUGAUGAGCAAUAAGAUUUAUGCAUGGUCAGAUGACUGGAGGGAAAUGGGGUGGGAGAUGGAAGACUUUGUCGUGGGGCAAGAGCACUCGCAAAAGUAG